AUCCUUAAAAUCAAGCGCACGUCAUCUUUAGCAGCUGAUAACAGAUAGUCACCUGAUAUAAUGGCAAAUACUGACUUUGUGUCAGAGGUUGUUUUCCAGCAGAGUGGUGUGUUUAUCCACACUACACACGGCGAAGCAGAAGACGAUGUGUUGCUAGAAGGAAGAGUGCAACUGGUGAAAAAGGAUGGCACCCAUAUGCUCUUACAGAAGCGAGGGGAGUAUGUGGAAUGGGUUCCGAUCCAUGAGGGUGGAUUUAGUCUCCCGCAGCAGGACCAGGACUGGACCAUGAUCAAUACUGUCACCUACCAGAGGGACAAUCAAGCAUCAGAGGACAACGUUGUUGUAAACCCGCCCACUACCGGUGCCUCCGCCCCAAGAAGGAACAAGUACGCCAUGAGUUUUUCUCUCUCGGACGUGAAGACCAUCCGUCGCUCCAAGCAGAAUCUUGGCUGGUCUUAUCUCGUUUUUAUCCUCAAGGACAAUGUUGCAAUGCCACCGCUUCACUUCCAUGAUGGCGGCAGCUCGGCCUUUGUCCAUGUCAUUGAAAAAUAUGUCAUGCUCACAAAGUCACCCAAUGACUCAAGACUGUACAUCGUCACUCCCAACGACACAGAUGCUCUUUCCCGCUCUUUCAACGAGCUACAAAUCCUUGGGGAAACAUCAUCACAUGUAGUUUCACAAUUCAUGAAGGACCCCGUUUCGGCGACGAUGGGAGGGUUCUCAAAGGUCACCAACUUCCUGAAGGAUGCCAUCCUCUUGCCCACCAACACCCAUCGGCCUUCAGACGAAUACGCGGACCUCAUGCCUGACCUGGAAGGGCUUAGUGUCAAUCUGCAGGCCGAGCAAGGAUAUGGUCUUGUUUCACAGUCACAGAUCCGACUUGGAGAGAGGCCCAAUGUUGACCGGUUAGAUCCAAUGACAGAGGCCGAGUGGCUCCAGUAUCAGGAUAGGGAGGGAAGGAUAACAAGAGUUAAUGAUGUGCUGCGCAGAAUAUUCAGAGGGGGUCUAGCACCAUCAUUAAGGAAAGAGGUCUGGAAGUUCUUACUGAGAUACUACCCCUGGAACUCAACAAGAUCAGAAAGACAAUCAUUGAGAAGAAAGAAAGAGGAUGAAUAUUUCUGCAUGAAAGCGCAAUGGAAGACCGUCACAGAGGCACAAGAGAGAAGGUUUGCUAUGCUGAGAGACAGAAAGAGUAUCAUUGAAAAAGAUGUCCUACGAACAGACAGAGUAAAUCCAUACUUUGAAGGCGAGUCGAACCCUCAUCUUGACACCCUGUACUCAAUCCUCAUGACUUACUGUAUGUACAACUUUGACCUUGGUUAUGUUCAGGGGAUGAGUGACCUUCUGUCGCCGAUGCUGAUUGUCAUGGACGAUGAAGUAGAAGCCUUUUGGUGCUUAUGCGGUCUCAUGGAUGACCUUCAGUUGUGCAUGAACUUUGACAUGGAGCAAGAAGGAAUGAAACGACAACUCAUCCAGCUCAACUCUCUUCUACAGGUCAUUGAACCCAAAUUCUACAGCUACCUACAAUCCAAGGAAUCAAGCAACCUGUAUUUCUGUUUCCGUUGGUUACUCAUCCACUUCAAGAGAGAGUUCACCAUCGAGAAUAUCAUGAAGCUAUGGGAGGUGAUAUGGACCCAGCUACCGUGUAAGAACUUUCAUCUCUUGCUUUGUGUCGCUAUCCUCAAUGGUGAGAAGGACAUCAUGGAGAGAGAAGAUUAUGACUUCAAUGACAUUCUCAAGCACAUCAAUGAACUUGCUCUGUGGAUCAGUGUUGAUGACAUAUUAAAGAAAGCCGAGGGCAUCUUCCUGCAGCUCUCCAACCACAAUGAACUACCUUCAACGAUACGAGAAAUCAUAGGUCUUGCCGACAGGAAUCGCGGCGGUGGAGACGAAGCCAGGUCCGACUGUUCCGACAGUAGCAUCGAGGUAUUAGGGGAUGGUGACCCCAGCCCACAAUAAAAAAAGGAUAAAUGCCAAAGUGAAUGAAUGGGACUGUGUGUAAUGAAUCGGUGUAAAGUCUUUAUUUUUCCCUUGUAAAGGGUCAUAAUGAUUGUGAUUGUAUGGCUUUUUUGUAAUUAUGAAUUAUCUUUUUCUUUAAUUAAAAUAGCUAAGAUUAGAGUUUACUCUACAUUAAAGGCAGACUUUAGUUACUUAGUCCACGAUUCAACAUAAAAAGAACUGAUGCAGAUUUCCUACCAGUUGGCGAUAAGGGUACCAUCAUGCCAUAACAUUCUUCUGUAGGCAUUGUCUUUGUGUAUCUUGUUGCUAUGCUAGGCAACCCAAAUGUGCUACCCUUAUGUGCUCUUAGAGGCACGAUGUACAGCAAACCUCAAUUAUCUGUCUCAAUUUUCUGCUUCUCUCAGAACCUACUAGAGUUAAAGGUUACUUUCCAAAGUUAAGAUGGACAUUUUUAAAAAUUAUUCUGGGCCUACUUCUGAGGUCGCCAUAAUUUUUUUCCUGUAGUAUAAUCAUCUACAUUGGACCCAUUGGGAAUUUUAGAGGCUCUCUGGGGCAUUUGGGGUGAGUAAGCCCCUAGCCCACAUGUAUUUUUUCUGUUUGCUAUAGACAAUCAUGCAACCCUUGAAGAAGGUUAUUCCUGGGCCCCGUCUUACAAAGAGUUACAAUUGAUCCAAUCAAUCUCAACUGUAUAGUCCAUCCAAACCAUAUUUUUUUUCUCUGGGAAAUUCACACGAUCUCCUUAGUAAACAAAGAUAAUCACACUGAAUCAGCAAGAGAAUGACAAAUAUAUGAAAAUACAGUAUAUCAUAUGUAGAAAAUAUUUUGAACAAAUUUGCAUUUAAGAUGUUGCUGGCCAGCCAUAGAUGUGAUUGAUCUGGUGUCCGUUGCAGAAAGAGUUGCGUUUAAACGCAAGUCAAAAAAUCAAUCGCAAGUCAAAAAAUCAAUCGCAAGU